AAAUUUCUAAAAUAACCUUACCUUUGCGUCCUUGAAAUUCAAAGAUUUUAUACAGUUAGCGUGGGUCAGCCGCCAAAUUCCUAAAGCUCGUAGAAUUUUUACACCAUUCAACACAGUAUUUGCUCAUUAAGUUCGAUCUUAAAUUUAGAGACGUUAUUUUCUCAAGUUUGUGCUGAAUGGCUUUAUCAAUAAGUUGUGAGACUUCGUAAUUAUUCAUUUUUCAAUCACAUCUACAUUUUACAAUCGUAAACAAGUGCAUAGAUUAUAUUAUUAUGAUAUUUGUUUCAUAGAACUUGAAUUUAAUUGACAAAUUACUAACAAUUAGUGCAAUGGAAGUUUAUACAUUUGACAAAAGUUUACAAGAACGGCUUGUGGAGUUUACGGCAAUCCUCUCUGGUCAAGGAACAAUUGUACCGGCAUCACAAAUCAAGUCAGAGUGGUCUUAUCAUGUCGAAUUAGUAAUCGAACCAGUGGGUUGGCAAGCUCUUUGGAAAAUUCCCAGAUUAACUUGUCAAGACUUGGAGAUUCAUUACCCAACAAUUGUUGUAGUCCAAGCAGAACAAGUUGAUUUUGUAGAAUUAUCUGCAUUAGUUAAGAUUGUUGCAGUUCAGGAUGAAAUUCACUUACCUGAAAAGUAUGAUGUACCUUUAAUCGAACUAUAUCCCACAAAAAACCAAACUAAUGAUGUACUAGACAUGGUUGGAACGUCUAAUUGUAUUGAUCAACUUCGAUUUUUUUAUAAUCACCUUUGGAUGCCAUGGGACUUUGAUGACGAUGAUAAUACUGAUUGGGUGACUCUCCAUCUAGAGCCCAGAUUGAGAUUAUUUUUUGAGAUCAAAAGAAAUAUGGUUAAUAAAGAGACUGCUGACAUUAUCAGAACUUUAGUUCGGGAAGGAAAAAAUAUUCAUGCAAGAAUAUCACGAUUAGAAGCUGAUAUUUCCGAUAAAGAAGAGGAAGAAGAAACAAAGUGUUUAGUAGAUGAAGGAAAAACGUGUCAGCUUAUGAAACUUCAUCUACGACUCCAACAAAUUAAAACUGAAAUGGAAGUCUUAGAAAAUCCUGAUAUGAGAAAGAUGCUUCAACGAAAUCCUGGUUCUAUUAAUCCUAGUAUUGAUGCAAAAAGAAGAGAAAGUCGAGGAAGAAAAUCUGAAGCUUACUUUGUGUGGCAUGGUAGCUCUUUGGAAAAUACAAUAGAAUGCUUAAAUAAAGUUCAAUCAUUUUUGUCAAAAGAUAUCUUCAUCAAAACUGCUGGUCAUAUGCAAGAAGCACUCGAUGCUUCAGAAGCAGGAGAUAAUAUAAUUAUAGGUGAAGGAGAGCAUCAAAUUAAGGGUGCAGGUGGUUUAGAAGACGGAGGUAUUAUUCGAGGUAUUUGUGAUUACAAAAAAACUAUUCUUUGCGCCAAAGACAAUAUUAGUGCUCCUUCACUGUUGGACUUUUCUGGAGAGCAGGUUCUCUUGGAAAAUGUUACUGUUGAUCUUGGCGAACUUCAGGCUGGAAUUUUAGUUCGCAAAGGAUUAGUUAAACUAAAUAAGUGUCAAAUAUUGGCAUCAAAUCAAAGUGUAAUCAAACUAGGAAUAGUUGUGUUAUCUGGAAGCAAACUAAUUGCUGAAAAUACAACAUUCAUAGGACUUGGAACAGCUAUUGUUGUUCAUGUAUCUGGCGAGGCUGUUUUGAAAGAUUGUAAAUUUGGAGCAUGUACUGAAGGAAUGGAGAUUCAAGAAGGAGCACAAGUACAUGCAUCCAAUUGCUUUGUGUCAGACUGCAAAGAAUAUGGCAUACGGUUCGAAACCCAAAAAUAUCUCUCUAGUUCUGAAGGAAAGGUUGGUGGCGUUGAACUCUUGGAGAAUAUUUCAGAAAUAUCCCUGGAAGGAUGUACGUUUAAAAAUAAUAAAAAAGGAGACAUUACUUUUAAACCACAGUUGGUUAGUAAGUUACCUAAACAAGAUACUCCAAUGGAAAUAGUUUCUUGAACAAAAUAUAAUAUUUAAUUAUCCGAAUACCAUUACUUAAAAACAGUAUUUUGAAUCUUUCAUAAUAAUAAUCAAUUAAAUUCAUUUUAACGUUUACAAAGCGAGAAGAAAUCUCUACGAAUCCAUUUUUUUAAAACAGAUAAGAUUUAAUAUUCCAUAUUAUAUGAUAAUCCUCAUAUAGAAAAUAUAUUACGAAUAAUUAAAUAUUAACAACAAUAACGAGAUACAAUUCUAAUCACUAAUAAAUAAAUAGACAUUUUCAUGUCAUUAUUUUUAC